AUGAGGUGGUUACUUUCUAUUACUGUCGCCUUCCUGUGGUCGGUGGUGGUGCAGGCCAAGAGUUUCACAGGCAACCGCUUGCUGGUUGUGCUAGAAGAGCAGGCGGAGAGGGAGAAGUACAGUGUGUUCCUUGAGGACUUGACGUCCCGAGGAUUUACCACGUCUGUAGAAUCGCCCAAAGAGAGCAAGCUGUCGUUACUGAAGCACGGCGAACGAGCAUACGACCAUGUCCUCCUCCUGCCUGGCAAGUCCAAAGGCCUCGGCCCUGCCCUCACAGCAAACAACUUCCUGGAAUUCAUGAAGAAGGAUGGAAACAUCCUCGUCGCCCUCUCGAGCGAACACGCUACACCUACGGCCGUCCAGGCUAUGCUCGCCGAACUUGACAUCAACAUCCCAGCCGACAAGGGCGCAUUGGUCGUCGACCAUUUCAACUAUGAUUCGUCAUCCGCACAGGAACAGCACGACGUACUGCUCCUUCCGUUCCCUAACGCGCUCAAGCCGAAUGUAAAGAACUACUUCGCUGGCGAGGGCUACAUUGCUGUGCCACGCGCCGUCGGUCAAGCUCUUGGAAACGAGUCACCACUCACGUCGCCUGUCCUACGCGCCCCAGCCACCGCCUACAGCUACAAUCCCAAGGACGAGGCCGAUGGCGUUGAAGAUCCUUUUGCGGUUGGCGGACAACUGAACCUCGUCUCCGCUAUGCAAGCGAACAACGCUGCGCGCCUGGCUGUUAUCGGUUCAGCCGAGAUGCUUCAGAACAAGUGGUUUGCAGAGAAGGUCAAACUGGGCGACAAGGCUGUUACCACUGGUAACCGCGAUUUUGCGCAGAAGCUUUCUGCUUGGACAUUCAAGGAGAUGGGCGUCUUGAAGGUUGGCAAGCUCCUCCACUACCAGGACGAGGGUGCGAGCAAGAAGUUGAACACCAGCGUCGCAAUCCCCGAGAACAACCCCACCAUCUACCGCAUCAAGUCCGACGUCCACUUCCAAGUCGAGAUCUCCGAGUACACCAACGACCACCUCGCUCCUUUCGUCCCCUCCCCCAAAGACAACAUCCAGCUUGAGUUCAGCAUGCUUUCUCCCUUCCAGCGCCUGAACCUCUCCCCAAUCGCACAAACCGCGAACGCAACCAUUUUCGGCGUCGCAUUCAGGACACCUGACCAGCACGGAAUUUUCAACUUCCGCGUCAACUACCGCCGCCCCUUCGUCACCAACAUCGACGAGAAGAGGCAGGUGACCGUCAGGCACUUUGCGCAUGACGAAUACCCAAGGAGUUUCGAGAUCAGCGGUGCGUGGGUCUGGAUCGGAGGCAUCUGGGUCACCGUGUUGGGUUGGUUGGCCUUUGUUGCCGUCUGGCUGUACAGUGCGCCUAGCGAGAAGAGCGCAAAGAAGACGCAGUAG